GUGAUUCGCAAACAUACCGGAAAAGGUUUUAACUAAACAGGAAGUAUACUGCCAAUGUUUGGGAGAUUUUAAAAAUGUGACCGUGUCACUUGUGUAAUUGUAUUCUUUUCACCCCUUCAACUUUAAUAUUUUAAAGUUUUACACGUUUUUUGGGAACAUGGCUUGUUUCUUUAGACGGAGAAUAGCAGCGCAGCUCGGCAGGACGAUGCGGCUGUGCGAGGAUGCAUUUAUUCCAGCUUUGUCGGCUGUCCCAGUCUUUAAGAAACAGCAGACUGCCGACUUGAGGCUGUCAAUCAACAUGUUAAGAGAUAAUGGUGUUUUACCAUCCAUUGGAGACAUUCGAGCACAAACGGAACACCUGGCCCGUCAGCUGAAGCAAGACAGUGUGGUGGAGGAAAUAACUGCUGAAUCAGCUGUAAUUUACUUCAGAUUCAAUCGCAAACUCCUUGCCCAGAAAAUCCUGGAACCUUUAAGAAUGGGGGGCAACAGCAAAUUUGGGCUGAAUAGUGAACUUUUGAAGUCCCUAAAGCGAGGAUUGACAUUAGUGGAGUACAGUUCUCCAAACAUUGCAAAAAAGUUCCAUGCUGGACACUUACGAUCUACAAUUAUCGGAAACUUUAUUGCCAAUCUGAAGCAAUCUCUUGGAAACAAAGUUAUCCGAAUGAACUACCUUGGAGACUGGGGCUUGCAAUUUGGUCUGCUUGGAGUUGGUUUCAGGCAGUUUGGCAGUCAGGAGCAGUUGAAACAAAACCCUUUACAACAUUUGUUUGAGGUUUAUGUCAAGGUGAACCAGGAAGCAGAACACAACGAGGACACGAGGCUGGCGGCCAGAGACUUCUUUCGACAACUGGAACACCAUGAAAGUGGGGCCGUGUCACUAUGGCAACAGUUCAGGGACAUCACAGUGAGCGAGUAUCGGCACGUUUACAAGCGGUUAGGGCUGGACUUUGACGUGUAUUCCGGGGAGUCUUUUCACCAGGAAAGGGUGCAGGAGGUGGUGCAGCAGCUGCAGGACGGAGGCCUGUUGAAGACCACAGAGAAGGGCGCAGGUGUUGUGGACCUGUCAGCGGCCCAAGACAUGAGCACCGUCUCCACUGUGCUGCGCAGCGAUGGCACAAGUCUUUACAUCACCAGGGACAUUGCUGCUGCCAUUGACCGCAAAGAACAAUACCAUUUUGAUGAGAUGAUUUAUGUGACUGAUAAAAGCCAAACAAAUCACUUCCAGCAAUUGUUCCAGAUCUUGCAAGCCAUGGGACAUUCCUGGGCUGACAGGUGUCAUCACGUGACCUUUGGCCUGGUGCAGGGCAUGAAGACCCGAGGUGGGGAGGUGGUCUUCUUGGAGGACGUGCUGGACGAGGCCCGCGCCAGGAUGCUGCACAACAUGAAGCAGUCGAAAACAACAAAAGAAAUGGACGACGCCGAGGACACGGCCCAGAAAGUGGGAAUCAGCGCACUUAUAGUCCAGGAUUUUAAAGGUCCGUUGCAGUCUGGUUACAAGUUCGACUGGGACACCAUGCUCCAGGCUCAAGGAGACACGGGUGUUUUCCUCCAGUACACACACGCUCGAGUCUGCAGUUUAAUACAGAGAAAUGACAACAUCGACGCUGCUACUUUUGAUCCUUCGCUUCUCACUGAGCCAUCAAGCAUCGCCAUCCUCCAACACCUCCUGCGCUACGACGAGGCCUUGUACCAGUCGGCCCAGGAUCUGCAACCCAAACACCUGCUCAACUUCCUAUUGAAGCUGUGCCACCUGAUCGCCUCCGCACACAGAGAGCUGCCCGUCAAAGGGAGCCCACAGGAAGUUGCUCAGGCAAGACUACGACUUUUCAGCGGGUCCGGCUCUGUUCUGGCUGACGGGAUGAGAAUCCUUGGCAUUACACCAGUUGACAAAAUGUAAAUAGGACUUCUUGAAUAAAACACUACAAAAGUGUAA